UCACUCACUGGCUGGGCAACAAUGGCUGCAGCAGUGACUUGGAUUCCUCUCCUUGCGGGUCUCCUGGCAGGACUGAGGGACACCAAGGCCCAGCAGACAACUUUACAUCCACGUGUGGGUCGCGUGUUUGUGCAUCCUUUGGAACAUGCCACCUUCCUGCGCCUUCCAGAGCACGUUGCGGUGCCACCCACUGUCCGACUCACCUACCACGCUCACCUCCAGGGACAUCCAGACCUGCCCAGGUGGCUGCACUACACACAGCGCAGUCCCUAUAACCCUGGCUUCCUCUAUGGCACUCCCACUCCAGAAGACCGUGGGCAUCAAGUCAUCGAGGUUACCGCCUACAAUCGGGACAGCUUUGACACCACUAGACAGAGGCUGCUGCUGCUGAUUGGCGACCCCGAAGGUCCCCGCUUGCCGUACCAAGCUGAGUUCCUGGUGCGCAGCCAUGACGUGGAGGAGGUGCUGCCCUCCACACCUGCCAAUCGCUUCCUCACCGCCUUGGGGGGACUCUGGGAGCCAGGGGAUCUCCAGUUGCUGAACAUCACUUCUGCCUUGGACCGUGGAGGCCGAGUCCCUCUUCCUAUUGAGGGCCGGAAGGAAGGGGUAUACAUUAAGGUGGGCUCUGCCACACCCUUCUCCACCUGCCUGAAGAUGGUGGCAUCACCUGACAGCUAUGCCCGUUGUGCCCAGGGACAGCCUCCACUACUGUCCUGCUAUGACACCUUGGCACCCCACUUCCGCGUUGACUGGUGCAAUGUGUCUCUGGUAGACAAGUCAGUGCCAGAGCCCCUAGAUGAGGUGCCUACUCCAGGUGACGGGAUCUUGGGGAACGAUCCAUUCUUCUGCCCGCCCACGGAAGCCACAGGCCGAGACUUCCUAACAGAUGCCCUGGUGACCCUCUUGGUGCCCCUGCUGGUGGCUCUGCUGCUCACCCUGCUGCUGGCUUACAUCAUGUGCUGUCGGCGUGAAGGACGGCUGAAGAGAGACAUGGCUACCUCUGACAUCCAGAUGUUUCACCACUGUUCCAUCCACGGGAAUACAGAGGAGCUUCGGCAGAUGGCGUCCAGCCGCGAGGUGCCCCGGCCUCUAUCCACCUUGCCCAUGUUCAACGUUCGUACAGGAGAGCGGUUACCUCCCCGAGUAGACAGCGCACAGAUGCCCCUCAUCCUGGACCAGCACUGAGAGCCCUGUCAGCUCCAGCUCUAGCUGCACCACUCACAGCUGCUGACCUGUGACUAUGUCUACAACUGAUUCCCGCUCCUAGCCUACUUGGACUUCCGACUCCAAACAGGCAGAUGGUGUAGGGAGGGGUGAGGGCUCUUGGGAGUCAGCACCCAAAAAUAAAAAU